AUGGAGGGCGAGCGUGUACCUGAGGCGCGGGGUCCUCAGUUCGCGAAGUUUCUCCAUCAAGUUGGAGUGGAAGAGUUCAUCGAUCCCCUUCGCAUUGGUGGGGUCAUGAAGGCUCGGGUCGGGGAUUGGGUGGUUAGAGAGGUCGACAUGGACGGUAGGGUCGCGAAGAUGUCGGACGAAACGGCGCCGGAGUGGUGGGGUGAACUGGAGUGCUACCAUGAGCAGCAUACCAAUACAGCAAGGUCUCCACAAGCUGAUACCUAUCCUGUUGGGAAUAGCGGUGUUGAUUCUACAGAGCAGUAUCGACAGGCCUACGAGGAGGGGUAUUGGCUCGGCGAUAGGGCCGCAAAUUUCAUCGAAGAAUUUUGCGGAGCUGAAGCUUUGGGGAAGAUAGUGAAAUUCAUGAAAGCAACGCGGGAGGAAAUGGGAGGGCAUGAUGAUGGGGACUAUCGGCGGCGACUAUUCGAAUGGAAAUUCACUGGCGGGCCGGCGGACAUUGUUGUUGUGUAUAAAAUACGCGGUGCGAUAUCAGGCAUGUUGAAAGAGUCUCUCGCUGUGGUGCCGUUCAAGCUGCUCUCUGAUAAAGUCAUCUACUAUGCCGCUGUGAACGUCAGGAGGAAUGAGUUCCUCUUGAGCUGCAUGGAUCGGUCAGACGCUGCUCGAGUGCUUCGUUUCUUUGGUGCUGGGUACUCCUCGGAGACCUUACUGGUCCCUGUGAGGAACGCACAAGGCGAAAGAGGGCAGGUUGUAGAGAAAACAUUGCCAUUACAUUUUCCGGAUAUACGGGUUAGCGUCUAUGAAGAAGAGACAGAGUCAAAUGGCGCAGUGGUGGAAUUGAGCUGGGCGAGGAAGUACUCACCUGUUGGACUUUACAAGGGAAGCCGCUGGAGGUUCACUCUGAUGAAGGCUGGUUGGGACACCACUGCGAUACAGCGAGCUAUCGAGCGGGAACUUGAUCUCCCGAAGGAUAGCAUGCACUUUGCUGGGGUGAAAGACAAGUUUGGUGUUACGUACCACUUCGAGAGAACCGAGGUUGAAGGAGGGACGACGGAGUUAAGGCAUGGGAUGCUCUCUGGUAACUGCUUUCGACUGCGAAUUCGGGAUGUUGAGGGAGGCGCUGAUGAGAAGGUCCGUGCAUCGAAACUAGCCGAUACGGGUUUCAUCAAUUACUACGGUUUGCAGCGGUUCGGCGUCAACCCUCAUCACGAUGAAUCAAGGCAUAACAAUGUUGAUAUCGGGGCCGCACUGGUUUCGGGUGAUUACGAGAAAGCAGCGAAACUCAUACUUACCCCUGCUGGCUGCGAUAAAAGGAAAGUCGCCGAC